GAGACAAGUCGGCGGCGACAAGAUGCAAGCGGAGGAGCCCUGCGCCCCUGGCGCCCCGGGAACCCAGCGCGUCCCCGCUUCCGAGCCGCGCCUGUCGGGCCAGCUGUUGCCCCAGCUCUACACCUUCGUGAUGCGCGCGCUGUUCUACCUGGCGCCCGUCUACCUCGCGGGCUACCUGGGACUCAGCAUAAUCUGGCUGCUGCUCGGCGCCCUGCUGUGGAUGUGGUGGCGCGGGAACCGCCGUGGGAAGCUCGGGCGCCUGGCGGCCGCCUUCGAAUUCCUGGACAACGAACGCCAGUUCAUCAGCCGCGAGCUGCGAGGCCAGCACCUGCCCGCCUGGAUCCACUUUCCGGAUGUGGAGCGGGUCGAGUGGGCCAACAAGAUCAUCUCCCAGACCUGGCCCUACCUAAGCAUGAUUAUGGAAAACAAGUUCCGGGAGAAACUUGAGCCCAAGAUCCGGGAGAAGAGUGUCCACCUGAGGACCUUCACCUUCACCAAACUCUACUUUGGGCAGAAGUGCCCCAGGGUCAAUGGCGUCAAGGCGCACACUGACAAGCGCAACCCGAGGCAGGUGGUCCUGGACUUGCAGAUAUGUUACAUUGGGGACUGUGAGAUCAGCGUGGAGCUGCAGAAGAUACAGGCUGGUGUGAACGGGAUCCAGUUACACGGCACCCUGAGGGUCAUCCUGGAGCCGCUCCUGGUGGACAAGCCCUUUGUGGGAGCCGUGACUGUGUUCUUCCUGCAAAAGCCGCAUCUGCAGAUCAACUGGACAGGCCUGACCAACCUGCUGGAUGCGCCAGGAAUCAACGAGGUGUCUGACAGCCUCCUGGAGGACCUCAUCGCUGCCCACCUGGUGCUGCCCAACCGGGUGACUGUGCCCGUGAAGAAGGGUCUGGACGUGACCAACCUGCGCUUCCCGCUGCCCUGCGGGGUGAUCAGAGUCCACUUGCUGGAGGCAGAGAAGCUGGCCCAGAUGGACCACUUCCUGGGCAUUCGAGGCAAGUCAGACCCCUACGCCAAAGUCAGCAUUGGCCUGCAGCAUUUCCGGAGCAGGACCAUCUACAAGGACUUGAACCCCACCUGGAAUGAGGUGUUUGAGCUCAUAGUCCACGAAGUCCCUGGGCAGGACUUGGAGGUGGACCUGUAUGACGAGGAUCCUGACAGGGAUGACUUCCUGGGCAGCCUGCAGAUCUGCCUUGGCGAUGUCAUGACGAGCAGAGUGGUGGACGAGUGGUUUGUCCUGAACGACACGACCAGCGGGCGGCUGCACCUGCGGCUGGAGUGGCUUUCGCUGAUUGCAGACCCAGAUGCUCUGACUGAGGACCAAGGUGGCCUUUCCACCGCCAUCCUCGUGGUCUUCUUGGAGAAUGCCUGCAACCUACCGAGAAACCCUUUUGACUACCUGAAUGGCGAGUAUCGAGCCAAAAAGCUCUCCAGGUUUGCCAAGAAUAAAGCGAGCAGAGACCCGUCUUCCUAUGUCGAGCUGUCUGUCGGCAAGAAGACAUACACGAGCAAGACGUGUCCCCAUAGCAAGGACCCUGUGUGGAGCCAGGUGUUCUCCUUCUUUGUUCACGACGUAGCAGCCGAGCAGCUGCACCUGGAGGUGCUUGAUGAUGACCAAGAGUAUGCGCUGGGAGUGCUGGACUUCCCCCUCUGCCAGAUUCUCCCCUGUGCAGAACUCACCCUCGAGCAGCGCUUUCAGCUGGACCAUUCGGGCCUGGACAGCCUCAUCUCCAUGAGGCUGGUGCUUCGGUUCCUGCGUGUGGAAGAACGAGAGCUGGGGACCCCAUACACAGGACCUGAAGCCCUAAAGAAAGGUCCUCUGUUUGUUAAGAAGGUGGCCACCAACCAGGAUCCCAAAGCCCCACCCCAGGGAGAGGGCCCUGCAGAUUUGCCAUGUCCCCCGGGCCCUACUUCUGAUUCCAAGGAAGCUUCUAAGGACACCACAACAACCACCAGUGCCACCACUGCUGCCACCAAGCCCAAGCCCCAAGAGACAAGCCCAGAGCCCAAAGGCAAGAACAGUGCCAAAGGGUUCUGUGAGCCCAUGGGGGAGAAGAAGAGUUCGGCCACCAUCUUCCUGACAGUCCCAGGCCCCCACUCUCCAGGGCCCAUCAAGUCACCCAGACCCAUGACAUGCCCUGCCUCCCCAUUCGCCUGGCCGCCCAAGAGGCUGGCUCCCAGCAUGUCCUCGCUCAACUCCCUGGCCUCCUGCUUUGACCUGACAGAUAUCAGCCUCAACAUUGAAGACGGAAAUCUCAGGCAGCGGGGGCUGGGCGAGAUUCAGCUCACAGUGCGCUAUGUGUGUCUACGGCGCUGCCUGAGGGUUCUGAUCAACGGCUGCAGAAACCUCACACCCUGUACCAGCAGUGGAGCUGAUCCCUAUGUUCGUGUCUACUUGUUGCCAGAAAGGAGGUGGGCAAGUCGAAAGAAGACCUCAGUAAAGCGGAAGACUCUGGAACCCCUGUUUGAUGAAACAUUUGAAUUUUUUGUUCCUAUGGAAGAAGUAAUGAAGAGGUCUCUAGAUGUUGCAGUGAAAAACAGUAGGCCACUUGGCUCACACAGAAGGAAGGAGCUAGGAAAAGUACUAAUUGACUUAUCAAAAGAAGAUCUGAUUAAGGGCUUCUCACAAUGGUAUGAGCUGACUCCUGAUGGGCAGCCCAGAAGUUGAUGAUGUGCCUGAUUAUCACCUUUAUAUUAAAAUAUGUACAUAUGUAUAUUUUGUAAUUUAAAUAAGAAUAGCCACUUAAACAUAUACACACACUCAUUCUUUUACUGCAUGACUGGGUAAGUAUUAAAAGCAGCAAACAUGUAAAAGCAAGAACUACUCUCUUCAUUGGGCUAAGUUGUACAAAUCCAGGAAGAAAUGGGGUAUUUGUGCCUAAUAAACUACUGUCUGAUUUAUAACUUACCUGAAUGUAUCCAAAGCAUCCAGUCUCAAACAGGUGAAGGAGAUUCAUUCCUGGAGCAGCUACCAGUAUUCCUGGGCAAUGAAUGACCAAGGGAAGUGGCUUUUCAUUCCCAGGAAAAUGACCCACCCCCAAAGUGCCAAGAGUUAACACUGCUUAAGCCCUCCUGGCUGCCACUUUCUCUGCCUGGAGAUUUGGUAUUGUACCUGAUUUAGAACAGCAACUGUACUUUCCUAGUGAUAACAAUGUACCUAGUAAAUUUCUUAAGUAUUCUAGUGCUGGAGACUACUACAAAGUACCAAAGAGGAAAAGGGUUUUUUUUUUAUCUCAGACAAGUUGGGGUAUUCUGCUCUAUUGUUAUUAAA